GUUUUGUUUUCUUUCCGCCAGUUGCCAACCAACUCCAACCAAAUCAAAAGUUCCAUUUUUUCUUGUUUGGUUUGGUCUUCUCCGCGUUUUCUUUUUCUUUUUUAAGGGUUUUUGCGACUCACCAUUUCUUGCUUCACUCAAAGUUUUUCAUGGUUCUACCAACGAGUUUCAUGACGUAUCUAGAAACGGUGUCGUUCAAGUUGGAGGUGGAGGAACCGCUGCAAGAAGAGCAUGCUCCUCUCAAUAAGCGUUUCAAACCUUCAUCCGCUUCACAAGAGCAAUGGCAUGCUUCAAAUAGUACAGCUUCCAGUUCUCCUCCCCAGUACAAUAUACUUGAUGAGCCUAGCCCUCUGGGUUUACGUCUUAGGAAGAGCCCUUCGCUAUUACAUUUGAUACAGAAGAAGCUUUCUCAAGGGACUACUUUUAUUGCAAAUACACAAAAUGAAAAUUUAAGCUCUGGUUUGAAAAGGGAAAGUCCGGCUGCGGCUGCAUCAGGCUCUGUUGAAAAGCUUAAGGCUUCAAAUUUCCCAGCUUCACUUUUAAGAAUUGGUUCGUGGGAGUAUAAAUCAAAACACGAGGGUGAUUUAGUGGCGAAAUGUUACUUCGCUAAACGAAAGCUAGUUUGGGAAGUUCUUGAAGGCGAACUAAAGAGAAAAAUGGAAAUCCAGUGGUCAGAUAUCAUGUCACUUAAGGCAAAUUGUCCUGAUACGGGACCUAGCUCGUUGACUGUAGCUCUCGCAAGAGAACCUCUUUUCUUCAAAGAGACUAAUCCUCAGCCUAGAAAGCAUACACUAUGGCAAACAACAUCAGAUUUUACCGAUGGAGAGGCUGGCAAACACAGGCAACAUUUUUUGGAAUUUCCGCAAGGGAUGUUAGCCAAGCAUUUUGAAAGGCUUGUUCAGUGUGACGCACAUCUUAAUUUCGUAAGCCAGCAACCUGAGAUAAUCUUGGAUUCACCUCAUUUUGAUACACGACCUGCUGCUUUUGAGAACCUUGACAAUCCAGAAGAUCGUGAUUUCCAUCAAGUCAAUGCAAAAGUAUCUACCACAUCUUGUUUGCAGGACAUAGGAUCUCCUCAUUCAUCCCCGUCACCAUCAUUUAAGAAUGAGUAUAAUGGUCGUCUUGGCAUUAGCUUGGAUAGUUCACCCUGUGAAGCACCUUCCACCAGUUCAGGGAGCACAAGCUCUGAAGCUGAUUCCAAGGGCCCAAGAAAUUGCGAUCAGAUAAAAUUGCCUGGACUGCGCACUUCUAUGUCAGUGAGUGAUUUUAUUGGCCACAUUGAACAUUGCCUUUCGGAACAAAUAACUUGUGGGGAUCCGUCCUUUUGUGAUGGAAGACGAGGUUUUCAGGAAAUGCUGGAGGAAAUUGCACAGCAUCUUCUAAAUGACAAUCAAGUUAUUGCGGCUUCUGAUGAAAAAUCACUCAUGACAAGGGUCAAUUCUCUCUGCUGUCUUCUACAGACGGACCCUGCAGCUUUGCAGAGUACACAUGACAAGGAAAAUGUUGCUGAUGGACCUGAUGAUGGAAAAAAUAUUGAUCUUGAAUCAAUGCACAACAUCAAAAUGAAAAUAGAUGUCAGGCCUGCUGAGGUGGACUUCAGAGAUGUUUCUUGUGGCAUGUACAGGAAAGACUCUUUCGGAGAGUUUCUUCUUCACCUUCCUCGUAUUGCUUCACUGUCAAAAUUCUUGCUUAACAUAUCAGAAGAUGACAGUGACUGCUAAACCUGAUAGUUACUCUGAUAUUUGAAAUAUAAAAAAUGGUCAAGAUCAAGCUGUGCAUAGAGAAUACGCCAUCUUUAACUUUUUACCAUUCGAACCAUUAGGAUUUGUACACGAUGUGUUACCUAAUAGAAUAUUGGGCUAAUACCGCUGUUUAAGUUGAGGGGCCUAGCUAUUAUUCAAACAUUGUAUUAUUUCUUGAUUUUUAACCACCAAUUGGUAGGUAGGUAUGUUGUAUUAAAAGAUAUAUAACUUCUAUGUAUAGUAAUGUCUUGUUAUCUAGUUUGUUUCUACAAUGUUUCUCUCUUUAGUUUCAAAUAUAAGAAAAUCCUAAGAGCCACUUUUAAAUUAAAA